AUGCUUGUCGAUUCAGAAACUGGAUACGACAGUGCCCCUACGGCCAGAAGCAAUGCUGCGCUUUCACUCGCGGCACAGAAGCAUUGUUUCACCUAUGGUGCCGAGUUUCUUCCGGACGUCAUCGUUCGAGCUGAAGGCAUGUAUCUGUGGACAGCAUCCGGGAAGAAAGUCAUGGACUGGACAUCUGGACAAAUGUCCUGCUUGCUCGGCCACGGACACCCCGAAAUCGUCAAGACAAUCACAGAGAGUGCCAAAAGCCUAGAUCACCUCUAUAGCGGCAUGCUAUCGCCUCCCGUGAUUGAUCUGGCCACAACACUUGUUGGUCAGCUCCCAAAAGGCCUGGACAAGGCAAUGUUCCUCAGCACCGGAGGUGAGAGCAAUGAAUGUGCUAUUCGGCUGGCGAAGUUGUACACGGGCAAGUUCGAAAUGGUGGGUUUGGCAGCUAGCUGGCACGGUUCGACCUCGGGUGCGCAAGGUGUGCAGUACAAUGCUGGUCGGAAGAACUGUGGCCCCUUGAUGCCCGGAAUGCAUAUGUUACCCUCUCCGGAUGCCUACCGAUCGAUCUUCCGUCACCCUGACGGAUCUUAUGACUGGGAGACCGAGCUCAACUAUGGCUGGUCAAUGAUCGAUAAGUCCUCUUGUGGUGCUCUGGCCGCGGUCAUCAUGGAGCCUGUACAGUCGAGUGGUGGUAUGAUCACAAUACCUCCAGGCUAUAUGCGGGCGAUGAAAAUACACUGCGAGAAACGCGGUAUGCUUCUUAUCGUCGACGAGGCGCAGACGGCCAUGGCUCGCAGUGGCGACAUAUUCGCGGUCAACCACACCGACAACGGUGGAGUUGUGCCAGACAUUCUGACCAUGAGCAAAACACUGGGAAAUGGUCUCCCUCUGUCUGCUGUUGUGACGAGCAAUGCGAUCGCCCAACAUACGCGUGAGAAUGGAUUCAUGUUCUACACCACACACGCGAAUGACCCUUUGCCGGCGGCGGUUGGUCUGAAAACAAUGCAGCUGGUUCUUCGAGAUGACUCGGCGUUGCUGCAUCAUGCUCGCAAUAUGGGAGCCAAGUUACACGCUGGCUUGCACGACAUCAUGUCCCGAUACGCAUGUAUUGGCUACAUUCGGGGCCGGGGUUUGAUGGCGGGUGUCGAGAUUGUGAGGGACAGACGGCAGGGUACGCAAGCCGACAUCGAAGUAGGCAAGCGGAUCUCGGCCAAGGCGAUGGACUUAGGACUCUCGGCGAUGAUCUCGGCCAAGAGCUAUUUCUCAGGAUGUAUCCGCAUUGCACCACCCAUCAUUAUAUCGGACGAAGAGAUGGAAUGGGGACUGAGGACGUUUGAGAAGGCCUUCGAAUUGACCGAGGGAUCGGGACGAAUUUAG